GAUCCAUGUCUCAGUCCCAUCCAACGGGCACCGCGAGAAAUAAAAUUGCGCUUUCGCAUUCGCGCGGUAUCGCCGAUCAAGAUCAUCAAAGUCACAAUUUCGAAAAAAAUUAAUUAUAAAACGGACAUUUAUUAACAACACGUGAUCGUCAUCAGCAAAAUUAAUUUCAUUUAUAAUUGGCUUGGAUAUUACGACUAUACACAAGCGCACGUCUCAGCACGAAGUGAAUGACAGGCCUGCUUGGUGGAUAGUGAUAUAUAGAAAAACGAAUCGUGCAAUUGAUCGUUAAUAAAAAUAAUGCGAUUCAAUCUACUUAUUUACUAUGCCUUUGUUGGCAUAGUUUUGACAGCAACUAUCCAUUUUGGAAAUUGUGGCAAACCACGAACAAAGCCGAGAGAGAUUCGAGGAUAUCAACCGGACCAAUUAAUGACAGCAAUCAGUUUUGGCAAGAGAGAUUAUUCGAAUGAUAAUAAAUUUGAGAAAAUUUUCAUGCUUCUUCUCCAAAAUGAUUCUUCUUAUGAUGGCUUUACUGUUCGUUGGCUUUUACGAGAAAUGAAAAGAAAUCCGGAAAUGGCUAAGUGGGUUUUAAAGAAACUAUCUGGAAACAACAGCGACAAGCAAUCAAUGAACGAUUCAGCUGCAGAUGAAUUUGAUUCCAAAAAACCGAUGUCCUACUUUUAAUUUUCAA